ACAAUAUAAAAACGCACUAUGAACGUAGAGAGAGAUAAAAAGAGGACAAAUAUACACCCUCUGUAUACUACGGAAAACAUUUCGUUUCGGAUACCAAAUUCUUCUUGGAAGUUACACCGGUCGCUUCAUAAUGGUUAUCUUUACAAGGAGAAAAAUCGACCUCGGCCGAUAUGUCUACCGAUACAUCGACACGAACACCCGAUCAGGAUACAACAGGUGGAGUUUGCAGACGAUUAUGAUAUUAGUGAUAUUGAAAGGUUAGAUGAUAGCAGUCCAAUGCUCAUUAUUCAGAAAUACAACGGUUUUCGGCAAGGAACCCGAGAUCGCCAAAUCAACAGAUGCAGUAGAAGCGGAGAAAGGGACAGUAGCAAACCGUCGGAGACCCCUUAUAGAUACUCCAGUACUGGCACGAGUACCGGCUACGCUUCUGAUGUAGAAGAUGAAAUUAAGGAACCUUCAGGUACGCUAAAGCCAUGCACCGAGAAAAACCAUGUGAACUCGGCAUGUUUCUGGAGUGAAACGCCUCACACUUGUCAGUGUCAAAGGUUAACGGGUCGUGUUAGUUUAAAUUGGAAAUGUCGUCGAGAGGAAAAAAAACGAAAGAAGCAAAGCUGCACUUUAUCAACAGACAGCGUUGAUAGAACAAGAUAUCCUAAAAUAAAUAUUGAAUCGGAAAUUUGUUCACAAGGAGAGCUACAGACGUCACAACAUUCCGAUAAAUCAGAAUUUGCGUUGUUACAAAACGGAAAUGUAGAUUUGUCGACUGAAUGCAAAGCAAAUAACACCAAAUCCUUUUUUAACUGUCCGUCUAAUAUUGGAAACAUUGGUCGUCUGUCGUGUAAGCAUUGUGACUCUGAAAACAUUAAUCCUAUUGGAUCGGCUGCUGCUUAUGGAAAUGUAAAUGAUAAAAAAGUUAAUCCCUUUAAAUCAGCGGAGAAUAAAUGUAAAAAGUCGUUCCGUAAUGUCAAAGAUGAGGACUCGGCAAAAACUGUCGAUAAUUUUUAUAUGACUGUUUUACCGUUGGAGUUGGAUAAUAAUCAGAUGAUAACUAAAGUUAAUCCUCUGAUUUUUUAUGAAGAUAGUGGCAAUGAAGACGAUGAUAGUCUAAGCAGUUCGAGUGACGAACAACGCAAUAAUGGCGAAGAGAAUGACGAUGAGUUUAUAUAUUCAAUAGAAGAAUUUCCUCACCCGCCCGACCAUUUUUUUGCGUCUGAUACCGCAUCCCUCACUUCCGUAACGAUCGUGCCACAUAUUAAUAGCGAAGCUAACUCGGAAAACCUUCAGCUAAAUGACUUCGGUAAUGCCGCUGAGAAAUUCAGUCCUUUCUUUAUACACAAUAAACAUUUCACUUUUCAGGUAGAUCAGACGAUAAUGAGAAAACAAGAAAGUACUUCGAGUUCGAAUGACGGCUUUUCAGAUUUCCUUUGUCCGUGUACUCGCGAGGGUGGGUUAGUUUCGACCUCUGCCUCCGGUGAUUGUUUGUUUAACUCAUCUGGUUUCGUCACAGCCUCUGAAUCGUUGUUUGACUUUCAGUCAGAGGAAAGCAUCUCUGCAAAAGCUGCAAACACACAACAAUGGAUUAUGAAAUCCUUUAAUUCUGUUGAUAGGCCUGAUUCAAGAAUCGAGGAAUCCAGUUUAUAUGGUGAUGACGUUAACAGCUGCGUUUGUUCCAUUCGAAAUAAACUAAUUUCUAACCCAGUUCCUCUCCAAUACAAAAGCACUGAUGUCCAGACAGAGAAUCAUUCAAGAGAAAUUAGUCAGAAAUCUACAAACCUUGAAGAAAUAUCUAAAGAGAACGCGCACAACGAAACGGUAGGUUCCUAUCAAUUCAAGAAUCAAAACACACGUACUAAGUUUCGAAAUAAUUUCCAAGAAACUUCAUCUCGAUGUAGUGAGAGUUUACAUAUUACAGUAUCCAAACGUAAUCAAUCUGUACACAGUGAAAAGACGGACAUUGAUGACUCGGCUUCGCAUAUUGAUCAUAGUGAUUCUGGGAGUAUACAAUCAGAAUGCGUUGAAGAAUGUAUGUCUGAACUCAUAAAUACUCGUUUAGCAGCUGUCAAAGACAUGCUUCAAAGGGCGAGUACUUUGAGUAGUAGCAAUAAGGGGGGCGGAUGUAAAUGCCCGAGGAAUUAAUAUACCAAAGAAUAAAAUAAAAUUCUUCGUUCAUUGGCUACAGGUCAUAGCGUGUAUGAGAGAAAUAUCGACUGGCACUUAUGGAUAUCUUCACAUUUUAGAGAGCUACAAAACUAAGUCAACUCCGGCUGCCGACUAUAAACUUAAAAGCUGGAAGAACUGAACAAUAUUUUAAGGCAUUUUAAGACAGCGAGCUGGCAGAAUUGUUAACACACCGGGCAAAAUGCUUGGCAGCAUUUCGUUCGUCUUUACGUACCGAGUUCAAAUGCCACCAAGGUCGAUAUUGCCUUUCAUCCUUUCAGUUCAGUGCUGGGGUCGAUGUAAUUGACUUAAUCGUUCCCCUCAAAAUUGCUGGCCUUGUGCCAAUUUUUGAAGCCAAUAUUUUAAGACAUUUAAUCCGGUGAUCUACAGCUGCUAACCACUUCGUUACUCUAAAUAAAUUAAUAUUUUGUUCUUAGACACGUUGCAUCCAUUAUUUUAAAACAAGGAAUAUGAAAAAAAAAGUUAAACCCUAUUUCUUUACUACCCACAAGGGGCUAAACACAGAGAGGACAAAACCCUGAUGGACAAAACACGUAAUGCAUGCAACUAGGAAGCAGAAUCCUCGAGGAGUCAAAUGCGAUGUGGCACUAAUAAAAUGGUUUCAAG